GACUGCGGCGCCCUAUUUCCUUUCCUCGCUCGCUGUAAAUGGGCAAGUGCGUGAGCUCUGGCAGAAUUCAAGUCAUCAACGGUCACAAACUUUAGUCACAAACAACGUUUAACUUUAAUCUUAAGGCAAGCAAUACAUCAGCGGUUAACAAAUUAGGUCAGAGUGUUGUUUCUGAACCGCUUCGGUGUGUUUUAGUCGUUUGUUUGAGGCGUAAACAGUGCAAAAGAGGAGUUGUGGGUGGGUUUGACGGUUAUGGCAGCACCGCGACCCAUUAAAGGGAUUCUGAAGAACAAAUCCAGUAUCAAAGCCCGACCCGAAGAGCCAGUCCAGGACACCCCAGAACCAGCACCCCCUAUAAACUCUGAAGACGACCAACAGAAGAAGUCACAGAAAUGGGAUGAAAUGAACAUUUUGGCCACAUAUCACCCGGCAGAUAAGGACUAUGGGCUGAUGAAGAUAGACGAACCCAGUACGCCAUACCACAGGAUGGUCGGUGAUGACGAAGAUGAGGGGGCGCUCAGCGAUUCAGACGGGAACACAGUCCUACCCGGAGACGACCUCGCUAAGAAGCUGGCGGCAGCGGUGGAGGGUGCAGAAUCUCGCUUCAUGGAGGAACCAGAAGAGGAGAGCAGUGAGGAAGAGGAGGAGGAGUUGAGUCCAGAGGAGCAAGCCAGAAAGAAGCAGUUUCAGAUGAUGAGGAAGAUGCACUAUAAUGAAGGUAUGAACAUUAAACUAGCCCGACAACUCAUCGCUAAUGAGCUGGAAGAGGAGGAAGAUGAGGAUGAAGAGAUGAAGGAUGACACAGAGACCGAGGACAUCACCGUUGACCCCCCGCAAGAUGCUGAUUCCUUGGAUUCAUAAGGAUGUCAAGAUUUGUCCUUCAACUCCUGCCUUGUCACACGAACCUCUAGAAGGCGCAGUGUCGUCACCAGUUGGGUUUAGCUCCAGGAUUCCCCUCCACCCUGUGUAUUCCACCAACACCGCAAUGCCACACAUAUCAACCAGAUCCCUUUUUUGCCAAACGUUUGUCAUGCUAAGAAACAAGACUGUUAUCAAACCGUUACAGGCCUGGACUCCACCCUCUUCCUGUGGCUGAGAGCGUAGGAGCUCCAUGCCUAGCCGCUGAUAGGCCACUGAGAAGUGUGCUUGUGCCCAGCGCUGCUGUUGUCAUACAAUGAACCAUACUGAUUCUCUUAUUUCCCAGCACCACUGUUAUUGACAUUUAAGUAAUUGAGUUUAACGCCAUUUGAACAAGCAGGUGGUUUAGCAUGCACUGGUAAAGGGGGACUGAUGUGGUCUUGGGCUUUGUCGCACACACAUAUAGCCCAUUUUAAACUGCUCACAUGAGCUCUACUGUAUGCAUGGCUUCUGAAAACCAUGUUUAAUUACAUUGGCACUAAUUGUAUUUGCCCUGUGUUUAAAUUAACAGGUGAGUAUUACAUAACUAGCUAUAAAACUACUGAUCAAAAGCUUUUCCAAAACUACAACAGCUUUAAUAGAUGCUGAACAGUUCUGAAGGUUUUUGUCUUGGCAUCCUUAUUGAGCUUUGUUUGUUUUGAUUGCCUUUUUUAAAAACGCCAUUAUAAUGGGGUUAUUUUUGUGAUUACUGAAGAAUAUAAUUAUAGUGCAGUACCAAAUCAAAUAAAAAUAAAAAAAAUUGACCCAAGCAAUUUGACCUUUUAAAAAGGCUGUUAUUCUGGUGUAUUUUGUCAAUUUAUAGUCUAACUCGCAUACAAUAUAUGCGUGUUGUAUUUAAAAAAAAAAAAAAUGCUAAAUGGGUGAAUGCCGGAAAACCUGGCAAUAACUUCUAAAGGAAAAAAAAAAAGAAAUUUUAUUUUGCGUAAACAAAUAGGUUACUUUAAUACCAUAUAUUACAGAAAUGAGUCAGAAUAUUUUGUGCACUACAAUGAGUUCUUGUUACUGUAAUAAAAAAGAAAUUGGAAAAAAGUCAUUCAGAAUCAUUAUCGUAAUACAAAAAAAAAAAAAAAAUCAUUACCACAAUGAAAAAAUAUUCUGACACUACCAAAAUGCAAAAAUAUUCUGACUCAAUAGCAAAAUGCAAAAAGACUAAAUAUAAUAUGAGAAUUAAGAGUAAAAUGUUAAAUAUAAACUAAAACAUCCUGAUACAUUACAGUAAUAAUGAUUUUUUUUUUAAUAUUUACUUAAUGUUUAAAUUUAAUGAAACAAUCAAAUAAUUUAAGUUCUAAUUUUAAUGAUUUUCUGUUUUUGUUCUUUUUGAGAUAUAAUAAAUUUUAUAUAUUAUAUAUAGCUGUAUAUGUUCUUGACGGGUUUUACGAAAUUCACCCAGGUAUCGACGCAGCAUUGCUUUUUGGAAUCAGUGCUUCAAUGCAACACCGUAUCUGCCUGAAUGCAUUUUAAAGCAUUUUCUGGCUAAUGUAUUUAUUCUCAACGUAAAACCAGCAGAAUCAUUAGUUUGAGAUCUGUGUCUGAGAUGUUUUUUUUCCAUCAUUGUGGAUAUGUUCAAUUAAGUUCAAAUUUUUACAUGCCCUGCCCUUGACUGAAUGAUGUCAGAAUUUUUUUUUUUUUUUUUUUUUUUUUUUUUGGAAUUCUUGCAGUCUCUCACUUAUUAAUUGGUUGCCUAUUUUUAAUGCAAAAGAUGAAAGGUCUGGUUUUGUUCUUCAAUGUCCCAUCAGUCAUUGAUGUGGAUAGCUCUGGCUUCAUAUGGUCAAGUCAAAUAUAGUUUUGUCCUACAUUUGUACAUUCUCAAGCACAAGUGCUUUGAUUUUGAUUAUGUUGAACUUUGUUUUUCUUGUAUUUUGUGUAAUUUGGCCAUUAUGUGUCCAUUCAAGAUUUUUUUUUUUCUUAAAUAGAUGUGCAUGUUCUUCAAAUGAAAAUGUGCAUAUUUGUCAUCAUUAAAAUGUUGGUAUGAA